CGCCCCUGCGGCGCGCGCUUCCUGUGAGGUCAGGUGGGAGGAAGCGGCCGCCCGUGGACGCGGAGGCCAGCGAACCGUGCGCGCAGAUAAGCACCUGCUGAGCGUGGGUCACCGCAUGACCACCGCUGACAAACAUCCCCUCCCAAUUAUCCGCACCAGGCCCUUGGAGGGCAGGGGAGAGGAGGAGACCAGGAGGGCUACUGGUGACGCAAGGCCUCUGAGGCAACACGCGGGCAUCCGCUCACUGCAGGUACAGCCCGGAAGGAAGUCACAGCGCCUGGGAGGAUGGUGAGGAUCCUGGCCAAUGGGGAGAUCGUUCAGGAUGACGACCCCCGAGUGAGGACUACCGCCCCGCAGAGAAGUAGCGGUGCUCGGCAGGGCUUUUUCAGCAGAGGUCACGGUGCACCUCCCGGGGGUCCUGGACCCCGGCAGCAGCAGGCAGGUGCCGGACUGGGUGCCGCGCAGUCGCCCUUCAGUGACCUGAACCGGCAGUUGGUGAACAUGGGCUUCCCCCAGUGGCAUCUUGGGAACCACGUGGUGGAGCCCGUGACCUCCGUCCUCCUGCUUUUCCUGCUCAUGAUGCUCGGGGUCCGGGGGCUCCUGCUGGUGGGCCUGGUUUACCUGGUGUCCCACCUGAGCCAGCGGUGACCUCUGGGGGGAACCAUGACGGUGGGAGUGCUCAGUAGGACUGGCUAGGCUUUCGGGUGAGACCAAGCAUGGGGGAGGGAGCCUGACCGUGCAGGAGACCGUGAGUGUGGAUUUCUCCGCUGUGUUAAGCAGGAGGCAGAGGGACUCUCUGGGCCAGCGUUGCUGAGAAAUAGAGAGUACUGUGGUUUUCUUGGAAUGGUUUUAGGGGCACAGGGCCUCCACUACAAAGCACAAGCCAGGGUAAGAAAGGCUUAUGUUGUAUCCUCCCAGAACACAAGUCCUCACCAGGAGCAAGCCUGGGGCUCGGAGCAGCUGGCAGUUACCCAGCGUUUUAUAACAUUCCUUUGUUUUAAUGGUGUCCUUUCUUUUUCUUCAAUUGGGUAUUACAUUCUGUUUAUUGUGACAUUUUCUUUUCUGUCCUUUUUUUCUUUUUUCUUUCUCUCUCUCUCUCUUUUCUUUUUCUGAGACAGGGUCUCACUGUAUAGCCUUGGCUGGCCCGGAACUCACUAUGGAGAACAGGCUAGCCUUGAACUCACAGAGAUCCGCCUGCCUCUGCUUCCCUAGCACUGGGACCAAAGGUGCGUGAUAGCAUGGCCAGCUAUUGUGAUAUUUUCAAUAAAUAAAUCCGAGUCCCUUUUAAGAAGCUGGUGAAUGACUCACAC